AUGCCCUCACUCACCCUCGUGCUGCAACUUCUCCUCGAAUCCGCCGCGCCCUCAUCGCGCUUCGCGCCGUACAUUAACGCCCUCCCCGCCUCCUUCUCCAUCCCGCUCUGCGCCUUCUCCCCCGACGACUUGCUCGCACUCGCUCCCUCGCGCGCGGCGGAGGCUGCCAUCAAGACGUUGCGCGCCACGGCCAGGGAUUACACGCACAUCUAUUCGCUGCUGCACAGAAACAAGAUUCCAGGCCUGCCCGCGUCGCUGCUAUCGUGGGACAACUACGUGUGGGCAACGGCCGUGGCGAUGACGAGACAGAACCAGAUUCCCGCGGGUAAAGGGACGCAAUGCGCGCUGGUGCCCGUUUGGGACAUGUGCAACCACAGCCCGGGCCCGGCGACAACGGCGGUGGGGUUGUCCGCGGACGGGGAGGUGGUAGUAGAAAGCAAGGCGAUGCGGGACUUUGAAGAAGGAGAGGCGAUCACAAUGUCGUACGGAGAGCGCCCCAACGUAGAGCUUUUGUUGUAUUCGGGGUUUGUGCAGACGGACAAUGAAUACGACAAGGUGGCGUUGGACUUGCGGCUGACGAAGGAAAUGGCUCUGGCCAAGUUCAAGGCAAAUGUGGUGCUGGGAAAGGUGAACAUGACAGUGGAGGAGUUGGAAGGGGAGCAGGGGUGGAUCGUGCCUCUGACGGUCGACGCGUCGAACGAGAGUGCAGAGAGAGCGCUCGGCGUGGCCAGAGUAAUGGUGGCAAGGAAGGAGAGCGUUGGGCGGCUGCUGAAGGGGGGAGAAGAGUCAAUGAGAAAGCCGUUGGAGGGGGAGGAGGAGGACAAGGCCAGGCGAGUUGUGAGGGAAGCGGCAGAGAGGAAGGUACAGGAGUAUAAAGAGGUACGGGAGGGCGUUUCGAAGGCGGCGCAAGAACUUAUUGGAAAAUUGCAUGAGGAGGAGAAGAAGGUGUACCAGCACGUCUUGGCUUGUUUAGAGACGUGAGCUGACGAGGCGGAAUGCGCUAUGCUGAUCCACAGACUUUUAUCGGCACAUCGCCCAAUCAACAAGUUGUACCACUGCA